AUGUUAUCAUUUUUACGAAAAAUUUCAAUUGGGGGGAAAAUAAGAGAUGGUGUACCAGCGAACGAUGAAAUGGAGGCUAUUGAAGGCUGUUUGGAGGCGAAAAACAACAGAAGUUUAGUUUCGCGAUCCGAUACUGAACUCAAGGAAUCUAUUUAUGAUUUAUUGAGAACGAUUAAGGAUCCAGAAAAGCCACAAACAUUAGAACAAUUGGAUGUUGUUUAUGAAGACUGCGUUGAGAUUUUAAAACAAACUCCUCAAGGAGUAUCUGUGAUUCGCAUUGAGUUUAAUCCAACAGUACCUCAUUGCUCUCUGGCAACAUUAAUUGGUCUUUGCAUUAGAGUAAAAUUAGAACGUAAUUUAGUAGCUCUUUUUAAACUAGAUAUAUAUAUUAAGAAAGGUGCACAUUCUACAGAACAAGAAAUAAAUAAACAAAUAAAUGAUAAAGAAAGAAUUGCAGCUGCUAUGGAGAAUCCUAAUUUGAGAGAAUUAGUAGAGAAAUGUAUUCAAGAAGAAGAGUGAAAGCUAAAUUUUUUAUGAUAGAUGUCAUUAAAUUGAACUUAUAAUCAAUUAUUUUUUUACAACAAUAAUUUAUAUAAUAAAGAAGUCAUAAGUACAAGUCAGAAGUACAAUCUUAAAUUUCAAUUAUAAUUUAAAAAUAUUAUAAAAAGAUAUAUUUAUUGCAAUAUGUGAAUGUAAAAAUAAUCUUACAAUUUAAAACUUUGUUAUUCUUAAUUGUACAUAAUUGAUGGUGCUAAUAAAUAGCAUAUUUAUCAUUAUUUUAAACAUAACAUUUUAUAUAUAAAAUAUAUAAAAUACAAAAUGUAACGAAUAUUUGUAUAAAUUUAACUAUAUAAAUAUACUUCAUAUAGAAAUUUU